UUCCGCCCAAUUUAAAAUCUAAAGACUAAGAAUAAUUGUGACCUCAUUGUUUCAAAGGUAAAUAUAGUCUUAUCUGUGUACUUGUCCAAACUAUGAAUGUCUUCUUCUCAUUUCAUUUUCUCCCUGUAGGCAAAGUUUAAGAGUAGAGCUACUGCAUGUAUGGCCCUCUUCUUCGAGCUUACAACUCCCUCUAGAAUAGCAGUGGGCAUAGCAAUUGCAUCAGUAUAUCAUGAGAACAGCCUUACUGCUCUCAUAGUCGAAGGCAUCUUAAACACGUCAUCUGCUGGAAUCUUAAUUUAUAUGUCACUUGUGGAUCUCUUGGCAGCUGAUUUCAUGAAUCCGAACAUGCAGAGAAGUGGAAAACUUCAGUUAUGUGCAAAUGCUGCGCUUCUUUUUGGAGCUGGAGCUAUGUCUCUCAUGGCAAAGUGGGCAUGAUGAGCCAGCGCCUUAGCACGCUUCUUUUUCUACUUUUAUGCAUUCAAUUCCUCAAGCCCCUG